CUUUUCUUUUUAUUUUUUUUAUAGAUUCCAUGAUGCUAAUAAUAAUACUAGUAAUAUAAAACCCAAAACUGACUCUUUUUGUUACAAUCUGUGUGGACUUUUGUGCCGACCUAACAAUAUUCCUGCAACUUCUUUACACAUUUUAAACAACCUUAGGUAGUCCAUCUGUCUCAUAUACAAACAAGGGUCUGGCUAACGAGUGUUUUCAGGACAUUCUUUAAGUAUCUAUUUAAAGAAAUUAUCAUACAAACUUAUAUUUUAAUUUUCAAUGUGUUGAUGUCACAUACUACCAUAAAAAAAUUACACAAAGUUACUGUUUAAAAUUCUUAAAAAGUGUCCGGAAUACUUUUUAGCAUUUUUCUAUAAACAAAAGUUAACUUAUAUUUUAAGCAGAAUCUCACUUAAGAAAACUGAGAUUAUUCACAAGAGAAAGUUGGUUAAAUUGCAUCAUCCUCUGCACUGCACAUCAACAAAGAACAAACAGACAUGGCAACAGCUCGUGUAGGCUAUGCUCUUGAACCCAAGAAAGUUCAAAGCUUCAUUCAACCUUCUCUCAUAGAUUACGCCAAACAACAUGGUAUCGACCUCGUACAAAUCGAACCCACCACACCCUUAUCCCAACAAGGUCCAUUCCAAUGCAUCAUCCACAAACUCCACACCCAAAACUGGAAAAAACAAUUACACGAAUUCUCAAACAAACACCCAAACACAGUCAUCAUAGAUCCCCCCGAAUUGGUUUCUCGUCUUCACAAUCGCCUUACCAUGCUGGAAUCAGUGACCCACUUGAAUCUUUCUAUUGAAAAUGAAAAUUUCAAUGUUGAAACUCCCAAACAAGUUGCGGUUAAAGAACCGAAAUCCUUCGAUUUCGGCUCGAUUGAGGAACUGGGUUUGAAGUUUCCUGUCAUAGCGAAACCAUUGGAAGCUAACAGCACCGUUGAUUCUCAUACUCUGUUUUUGGUUUUCGAUUUUGACGGUGUUAAAUCGUUGAAUAAUCCUAUGGUUUUGCAGGAGUUUGUGAACCAUGGUGGAGUUGUUUUCAAGAUUUACGUUGCUGGGCAGCAUUCGAUUUGCGUAAAGCGUAAAUCUUUGGGUGAUAUUUCUGAGGAGAAGCUUGAGACGGUUAAAGGGUCGGUGCCGUUUUCGCAAGUGUCGAAUUUGAGUGUUCAAAAUGGUGAGGAAGGUGGUAGUGUUGUUGAUGAGGCUGAAUUGCCACCUCAGAGUUUGAUUGUUGAGUUGGCAAGAGCUUUGAGGGAAAGAUUGGGACUUAAUCUUUUCAAUGUUGAUGUGAUUAGAGAUGGUAAAAAUCCAAGAAGGUACCUUGUAAUUGAUAUUAAUUACUUUCCUGGGUUUGCAAAAUUGCCAUCUUUUGAGUCAUUUUUCACCAAUUUUUUGUUGGAUGUUGUUCAACAAACUAAGACUAAUUAAUCUAUAUUUGGUAUCACGGUGAGUUGUCAAAAAACCACGGCGGAGGAUUUUAAGGAAGUUGUACUCUGUAGCUUCUGCAAAAUCACAGCAAUCUACUAUGAUUUUGACAAACCGAUCCCAUGAUACCGAACAUGCACUUAGGCGAGUUUUAAAGUAAGACAUAGGAUGAUGUUAUUCUCAAAUUGACUAGUUGUCUUUGUUAUGUUUUUCUGAGUCACAUAACCAAAAUAAGUGUUGUAUUAAUGAUAUUAAAUGCAUUGCAUUCAAUUGUUGGGUAAGGUUAAUGCUAAUGUAAUGGUAUUGAUUUUUAUGCUUCUAUAUACUUUAUGAACAAGGUUUAUUCUGAAAACUAAGAAGUAUAAACCCAUGAUAAUGGUUUUAUACUUGGUUUUCAGAAUAAAAUAGUAUUUCUUCUAUACCUUAUGAAUUAUUCUUCGAUGCUG